GAGAGAGAGAGAGAGAGAGAGAGAGAGAGAGAGAGAGAGAGAGAGAGAGAGAGAGAGAGAGAGAAUUUCCUCUUCAUUCAUGCCGUGAGGACCUUGAUGUACUGUAUCCCCUGUCUGCGCAUGGCUUGAGGUGCAAGGCUCAGUACAUACUGCUUAGCUGACGUACGGAGUGAGGGAGACAGAGAGAGAGAGAGAGCAAGAGAGAGAGAGAGAGAGAGAGAGAGAGAGAGAAGCGGGAUGGGUGCAGAGUGUGUGAAGACGGAGAAGUCACUGUGAUUCCGCCCAGCAGUGAAGUUUCCUUCAGCUCACUGCUCUGCCCGUCUCUACCUGGUACCUGAGUGUGUCUGCAGGUCCUGUGUGUGUCCAGCAUGAGUAACAUCUAUGAGUCUGCAGAGGCGACCCUCGGCCUGUGCAACUCUUCCUGUCUGACCAAGGUUGAGCUGAGAGUGGCUUGUCGAGGGAUCUCAGACCGAGAUGCCCUUUCUAAACCAGACCCCUGUGUUGUCCUCAAGAUGCAGUCACAUGGGCAGUGGUUCGAGGUGGACCGGACAGAGGUGAUCCGUAGCAGUAUCAAUCCAGUGUUUUCCAAGGUGUUUCUGGUUGACUUCUACUUUGAGGAGGUUCAGCGUCUUCGCUAUGAGCUACAUGACAUCAGCUCCGCUCACAAUGGACUCAGAGACACAGACUUCCUCGGAGCUAUGGAGUGCACGUUGGGACAAAUCGUGUCCCAGAGGAAACUGUCCAAAGCGUUACUUAAACAGGGAAACACUACCAGCAAGUCCUCCAUCACAGUAACAUCAGAGGAGUUAUCAGGUAAUGAUGACUACGUAGAACUCUCCUUCAGCGCUCGCAAACUAGACGACAAGGAUUUCUUCAGUAAAUCAGAUCCGUUUUUGGAAAUCUUCAGAAUAAAUGACGAUGGCAGCGGAUCACUAGUUCACAGAACUGAGACGGUGAUGAACGACCUCAGCCCAGUGUGGAAGUCAUUCAAGGUCUCUCUCAACACAUUAUGUAGUGGAGACCAUGACCGCCAACUAAAGUGCACAGUGUAUGAUUGGGACUCCAAUGGGAAGCACGACUUCAUUGGAGAGUUCCAGACCACCUAUAAGGAGAUACGCACAGACCUGGAGGGGAGACAGAUGCAAUGGGACUGUAUAAACCCUAAGUACCAGGUGAAGAAGAAGAAUUACAGAAACUCUGGUGUCGUCGUCCUCAACCACUGUAAGAUCAUAAAGAUGUACUCUUUCCUGGAUUACAUCAUGGGAGGCUGUCAGAUCCAGUUCACAGUGGCCAUAGACUUUACAGCAUCAAACGGAGACCCCAGAAACAGCUGUUCUCUCCACUACAUCCAUCCGUACCAGCCCAAUGAGUACCUGAAAGCCCUGGUGGCUGUGGGAGAAAUAUGCCAAGACUACGACAGUGACAAGAUGUUUCCAGUUUUUGGGUUUGGAGCUCAGAUCCCACCUGACUUUAAGGUCUCACACGAUUUUGCCGUGAACUUUGAUGAAGACAAUCCAGAAUGUUCCGGUAUCCAGGGUGUGGUAGAAGCCUACCAGGGCUGUCUUCCUAAGAUCCAGCUGUACGGACCGACCAACAUCGCUCCCAUCAUACAGAAAGUUGCUUCUUCUGCCUCAGAGGAGAUGCACACCAUGGAAGCUAUGGAGUAUUUCAUCCUGUUGAUCCUAACAGACGGAGUGAUAACAGACAUGGCUGACACUAGAGAAGCUAUAGUCCAUGCUUCCCACCUACCCAUGUCUGUCAUCAUAGUAGGAGUGGGAAACGCUGACUUCAGUGACAUGCAGAUGCUGGACGGAGACGAUGGAAUACUCAGGUCCCCAAAAGGAGAGCCUGUUCUCAGAGACAUAGUCCAGUUCGUUCCCUUCAAAGACUUCAAACACGCGUCCCCGGCUGCGCUAGCUAAGAGUGUGUUAGCAGAGGUGCCCAAUCAGGUGGUGGAUUACUACAAUGCCAAAGGAAUCCAUCCCAAAUGUCUGUCUGACUACGACGAAUCUACCAGACCCUUCAGCCCCUGACCACACACAUACACACACAUUAAACACACACACAUUAAACACACACACAUACACACACGUUAUAAACAUAAACUAAUACACACUCACACAUACACACACACCCUGGAUACAGUAGUGUAGCUCAGAGAAGUAGUUUGAUCUGGUGGGUUUAACUACAUAGUGUAUUACUGCAUGCUGGCCCAAUGGGUUUUAUAUCUUACAAAGUCAUUAUUUCACAUAUUCUGUGUGUAUAUACAUAACACACAUACCCACAAACAGACACACUUGUAGACGCACACACACCUUUUAAACGUGACUUUUAAGAUUUUGAACAAUAUUACAUACAGCAUAGGCUAAAUAGAGAUUAGUAAGAGUCUUACCUUAUAAUAACAUACAGUAUUACUCCAUUGUUUAGGGUUUUGACAACAUAGAAGACUUUGUAAACAAAUCAUGUAUAGCUUCAAAUCAUGUUUAGAGUAACGUUGCUCUCAUGGAAUGUCAUUCCUUCAGCACUAAUGAUAUAUUUCAUAUAAACUGAAAUGAUAUUUGCAUGUAAAAAUGUCAUUGGAUGAAUGUUCUCUGUUGUUUACGUUAUUGUUGGUGGCCAACUCUUUGAUGGUAUGCACAUCUUACAGAGUGUGGCUUUUAAGGGGUUAGGGUUAUAUACUGUAAGCUGUGUUAUAUACUUCCUUUUCUACAAGUUUGUUGAGAGUUUGCUAAAUAAAUAGAUAACUACAAUUGU